CUGACCGCCGUACACCUUGCUCAUGUUAACACUCCUGCUGUGCGUUUAGCCUAUAUUCUAGCCUACUGAACUUGCGUAAGAAUUAUUUUCUAGCUUAUUUCUUUUUUUACAAUCGAGUUACGUACGUCUUAUCGGUGUCUGCGUGCGUUUAUGCUUUUCGAAAUUCGAAGAUUACACGAAGCAGAUACACAUCCUCUUUUUGGCUCUCGCCACACUCGUCUUUGAACUUGAGGCAGUUAAAUGGACUUUGGAUUUCCACAAUUUUUAGGGCAAUUAUGCGUGCUGUAAAAAAGAAAGCAGUGGCAGUUUUGUUGGUGGGCUUGCCACUCACCGCCAUGCUCAUUCACUACUGGAAUUCAUACACGAUUACGACGAUUGACGUGCUACAAGGACCUGACUCUUUAAAAGUGCUACUGGAGGACAGGAUACAAAACAUGGACCACAAAAAUGACCAUAUUCCUUACCGUGUCAAAGAGAGCCUGUCAAAGAGUCUUGCCAAUAAUGGGUGUGUUUGUGAAGGCGACAAACCAGGCAUUCAUUUCCCAUUCGCUCAGCUGCUGUUUCCUCAAGUAUCAGCUACCCAGCUACAUGCGUCCUUCCAGGAUUCAGACCUGCAAAAAGCAAAGCAAUACAGAAAUAAAGAGUAUCACAGUUUCCGUAAAAGGACGUAUACAGCUGCAGACUCACUUAUCAUAGCUGAAGCCAACAGCCCUCUUCAGUACCCUACGCAGGGUGUGGAAGUCAGACCAACAAGGACCAUUCUAAUUCCUGGUUUAAGUCUGAACCAAAUAUCCAAAAAGGGCCCUUAUUUGGUAGAUCUGAUUGCUACAAUGGGAACAUUCAAUACAGCAGCGCUGGUAGAUGAAGUGCAAGUCAAAGGGGAAGGAGAGAUGCAAAUUAGUUUUGUAAGCAGAUCACUGGCUUCCCUGAACAGACAACUAGAGUUUGUUACCUACACAAACACACGGUUCCAUCCCAACACAGCAGACAUAGUACAAUUUAAAGCAGGUGUAUUCCAGGCCUCCUUUACUGUUAAGAUCAGACAUCCACCAAUGCCUAAAUUCUAUAAUCCUGGACCCAAAAAUGAAUACAAUGUAAGCGCACUUGUCACAAUUGCCACAAAAACAUUUCUACGCUAUGAUAAACUUCAGGAUUUGAUCGAUAGCAUUCGACAGUUCUACCCCACUAUAACUAUAGUGAUAGCUGAUGACACAGAAGACCCUAAACCUGUAACUGGACCCUACAUUGAACAUUAUAUCAUGCCCUUUGGCAAGGGCUGGUUUGCUGGCCGUAACCUAGCCGUCUCUCAGGUAGCAACCAAAUAUGUGCUUUGGGUGGAUGAUGACUUUAUUUUCACCUCAAGCACCAAACUGGAAAAAAUGGUGGAUAUUUUGGAGAGAACAACUUUGGACCUGGUGGGGGGAGCUGUGAGAGAAGUGACGGGGUACACUGCCACCUAUCGACACAUCAUCUCCACAGACGCAGGUGAUGAAGAGGGGGAUUGCUUACACAUAAGGACGGGAUUCCACCACGUUAUCGAGGGAUUUCCCAAUUGUGUGGUUGCAGAUGCCGUCAUUAAUUUCUUCAUGGCUCGCAAAGAAAAGAUAGGACAAGUGGGCUUUGACCCGCGUCUGGCUCGGGUUGGCCAUUUAGCCUUUUUUAUUGAUGGACUCGGCUCCCUCCAUGUGGGCUCCUGUGAUGAUAUUAUUAUCAGUCAUGCAUCGAAGAUCAAGGCGAUGUUGCCAUGGGGACAGUCUGAGAAUGACAAGGCCUAUUCCAAGUUCCGUUAUGCUUCCACUGAAGAGACCUCUGUGAAUGAAUAUGAUCUUUAUUAUCUCAAGAAUCAUUUUAAAUGUGUCACCAGUGACUAAAUGUGGAAUGUUAAAACUUCUGCAAAGCACUUUCAUGGCAGACUCUCUCAAACGAGUUUUUUAUAAAAAACAGCGCCAGAAAGGACAUGAAUUGUGUAAUUUCAUCUCAAAACUGUUUGGAGGUGGAAGUAAUUUUGUGGCUUUGGAAAACAGUGCUAUGUGACAUUAUGCUGAAUACCAAAGGUUUUUGUGUAUAUGUGUUAAUGAUGGAUUUGUGGACACUUUGAUGUUUUUUUUUUUUUUUUUAAUUGUGGAGUAAAAAUAUUGUUUUUAUUUUGAAGAGAGAUAUUAAAGAAAAUAGCCUAAUUAGGCUAUUUGGGUAUCUUUCUUUUUAAAUAAUUUAACAUUUUGUAGCCUACUAUGCCAACAAACUACAAAUGUUUCUAUUUAUUACGCUUUAUUAAAAGAUUGGCUGAUGCAUCAUCAUUAUGAACAUUAUGUACAUCUUACCCUAUUAGUCAAAAAAAAAAAUUGCAGCUGUAUCUUAAAUAUAAUUUACUGUCAAUUUAUUAAAUGUGGCCAUUUCCAUUUCAGGCCACAAGAUAGCGCCAUUAAGUUGACAGGAAAUUUUACAGCUGGCACAUGUGGGAUUUUUCCAUCCCUUAUUGAUAUUUCUCAACGGAAGGUUUAUUUCUAUAAGUAAUUUAUUUAUAGAAUCAUAUCCUAAAGUCCAUCAGUAAGGGCCAGAAGAAAAAAAAAAACAGUUUGCCAUUGAGACAUCUUUCCCCAAUCUCUCUUAUUUUAUUUGUUUUGAUUUUUUUCUGUUGAACCACAAUAUGAUCAUGCUGAUUUUUUUUUUUCAGUAUAUUUAACUGAUCAAUAAAGUCACAAUAACAAAAUCACUUACAUUUUAAAGCAUUGGUUUUGCCUCCCUAUAUGAAACAUCUUCAUAGAGCAAAUAAAACCAAUGUCAGAUCACAUCAGCAUUUGAAAACAAUUACUUUUUAGCCUUUUGUAUAACACCAACAUCCAGUGUGGCUGCGAGAUGCCAGCAGUGGCAGCUGGGCAGUCCUGUGCACCAGUAAUCUGGGCUGAUUUCCAUUCAGCCAAUUAGUGUAGUAUUUCUUGAGCUUUAAAGAAAAAAAACUGGUGUUCUCCUGAGAGUGGUCUUUGAAAUACCACAGGAAAAAUGCAGACAUCAAACAUUAAACAGAAAAAUGAUUUGAGAAUUUCUGAGUCUGUGUUUGAACAGUAUUUUUAUCAGGUCAAGGUACUAACAGGUUAUAAAAAGAUAGUCAGUAGUAUUUCACAUGCAGACUUAGAAACUCAAACUCUACAAAUUAAAAGUUUAUACAAUCACCAAACUUUGAUCCAAAAAUGGUUAAAUAGUGGCAAGCAGGAUAAUCCAAGAUAUAGUAAAAAUAAAUUUGAAUUUAUUUGAUAUUAAUUUGCGCUGACACUGAAAAGAAAAAUGAAUUGUCCAUUGAAAGAGAAAACGUUUAUUUCAAAUUAAAUCAGAGACAAUUAUUUCUUGGUUUGGUCUCUUGGUAAUCUUUUACCAUGUAAUGAUUACCAGAAAUAUGAAUAUUGCAUAAAUAAUAUAUAGCUCAUGAAAGGACAUUUUAGUAACAUGUACAGCAUUUAUGUAAGCUAUAUUUAAAAGUAAAAGAUGGCAAGAUCAGAACAUCCAUUUUCAUAAAAAAACAUUCAGCCACUUUUGAUAAAUUGAACAUACACAGACAUACAUAAUCAAUAAAAUACACAUGGAGUUUGCAGGGCUGGAAAUAUCGUUAACACUGCUGUUAAUCAUGGUUGGCAAUGUUAAGGCCAGUUCACACCUACAUGAAUGUUCGGGACAAAUAUUCAGUCCGAUUUCAGACCAAUGCACAAAACACACAGAGGCUGAAUAAAAAUGCAGUUUCACUCUCUGACAGUAGAUGGCAUUUAUAAAAGCUGAAAAACACCAGCUGUUCCAGUACACAAAGAGCUGCGUUUUUGGUUUCUGUCAUGGCAAAGAAAAUGAGUCAAACAAUAUAUACAUGUUUUCAAACAGCCAUUCAGAUUUUUGUAUUUACUAUGGUGUUUAUUAACCAACACCAAAUACAAGAGUACAGAAACAAGCGAGCCAAGCUGUUAAAUGCCGAUCAGCAAAAUAAUCUGUGAGUGCCACCAACUCUAGUUUUAUGUAACAACAGCGGCUCUGAGCAACUGAUAAAAAGCAUGAAUCUUAUUGAUUGACCAGGUUUUU